GCUUGGGUACCGUGUUAUUACGCUUGGUCCGGUUUUCAAGAUGGCUGCCUUGGCGAAAAACAUCUCCUCCCGAAACUUGCGACAAUUUGCCGUGCGGUUUCCAACAGCAUUGUGGAGGUUGACAUCCAGUAGCUCAACAACCGACGGCAGUGAUCCCCCUCACGUGGUCAAUUCUAGUUCACCGACCGAAAUCAAAGAAGAAGUCACAGACAUAAGCACUUACAAAGUGAAAGAAUACUAUUCAUAUGAUGAAUAUUCAUUCUAUGAUUUGGAGAAUGUCAUUGAUGCUACAGGAAAGAGGCAAAUGCAGCCAAAUCCAAUGGAGAAGUACACUCACACUAACCCAUGGACAACGUAGGAAAUGGCUACAGGUGGUGCAACUCAUGAAAAAAAUGUUGCUUCCUUCUCAAUCUCUCUCAGAAGUAGGCUUACAAACUGUUGUUCUGAGUUACUUUUUAUGGCACAAACAGUUCAAGAUUUAAUUUGUAGCUCACUUGAGGGGAUCAUAGUUAUUCCUUGAAUAAAUUUCAAACUCUCAGCAA